GCUGUGGGCACUGGAGCCGAGUGGGCGGGAAAUAGUCUCUCUCUCUCAAGCUCUUUCCUUCCAGAGGAGGAGAAGCCGAGAAGGGAGUCGCUGCUGCUGCCUCAGGCGGAUUGCUUGGUCCCAGGGAAGGACUUUCUAGCCCCGCUCUUCCACACAGUCAUAUAACCCAGAAUAUCAAGGCAGAGAAUCCACAAUAUAUGCUUUGAACUGAGAUAUCUGAGCCCACGCUGCCAUAUCAUCCAGUUCAAUGUGGAUUUUAUACAGCUGUGUAGAAGGGGCCCCCAUGGCCAUGGCCUUGACCCCCACUUGCUGGACCCUCGCCUUUCUGCUCUCUCUUUGCACCACUGGCGCACAGUUCUCCAUACAAAUUACCCCUCCUUGUAAAAGUGACCAACACUAUGAAUACGCUGGGAAAUGCUGCACCAAAUGUGAACCAGGAAAGUACAUGUCUGCAAAAUGCACUGCCACCUCAGAAACUGUAUGCAAACCUUGUGGCCCAAAUGAAUAUUUAGAUAUCUGGAAUGAAGAAGAAAAAUGCUUGCUUCAUAAAAUCUGUGACCAUGGGAAAGCUUUAAUAGAAGUAAAUCCAGGAAACAGCACAUCCCAGCGACAGUGUGCCUGCACUGCUGGUUAUCAUUGGAAUGAAGACUGUGACUGCUGUCGAAGAAACAGAAAAUGUCCCCGGGGUUCUGGAGUUAAACAUCCUAUACAACAAAACAAGGACACAGUGUGCACACCAUGUCCUGUAGGAUACUUUUCUAAUGUUUCUUCUGCGACUGAUGCAUGCAAAAUGUGGACUAACUGCACAGCUCUGGGAACUGAGGAAAAGAUGCCUGGGAACAGCUGGUCUGAUGCAGUUUGUAGGCAGCAUUUGAAACCACAUGCACAAGAUGAUUCCAACACAUUACUUUAUAUAGUGAUUGCUUCAUUCUUCCUUGUUGCUUUGGUUGGCAUUGUUCUCCUCGUGAGAUACUAUCACAAAAAGGGGAAAACACUAACAGCAGAUUUGCAGUACUGGGCUCAUGUGGUAUGCAGACAAAUAAAAGGGACAAAGGAUUCCCCUUGUGAUACCUUUGUAAAUGGAAAUGUGGCAUGUCCUGAUGGUCCUCUGCUUUUGAAAAACACAUAUUCUUUUUCUGAGGAUGCCUUUUAUCCACAUAAACAUAAUGUCAAUGGAGAAGGUGCCCCUGAUGCAAUCCACUGUGAAUUGGGUGAAGAUUUCCCAACACAAUCUCUUAUAACCAUGUCUGAAGAUGACCACUUCAGGCAGGUUCCCAUGGAAGAUGAGUAUAUGGACAGAAUCUCCCAUGGCCCCCAUUACUUACCUUUACUUGGCCAAGCUGAAAGCAAGCCUAUCUCAUGUUUCUCUGAGCCAUUGGAAGUGGGGGAGAAUGAUAGCUUGAGCCAGUGCUUCAUGGGAACAGAAAACGUCAUGGAAUUUCCAUAUUGCUGUUGCUCAGACGUUUCCUGUGGAACAGACACUGUCCAGGCAUCUUCCCACAAAUGCCUGUCAACCUCUUGCCAUCAUUCUGCCUGUAGGGAUGCUGAUAUGCAGGAUAUAAGUGAUGCUCUUUUAAGGUCUGGAGAGACAAGUGGCUGCACUGCCAGUAAAGCAUCUUGUAGAGAAUCCCCCAGUAAACAUUUCUGUGCUGGCAAUUCUUUGGAAGACAGUAGCCCUUCUCCACUGGGCACCUAUGGCUUGGACUCCCCUUCGUUGGAUCAGACUGAUUCUGCAAGCAACUCUGGUGUCGGAAGUGACUCCUUUGAUGGGAAUGGCACAAAGCGGCAGAAUGCAAAAAGAAUUCCUGAAUCGAACUGCAAUACGUCGGAUGCCCCGGCGGCAUCUGGUAAUGUGACUGGAAACGGCAACUCUACCUUCAUUUCAAGUGGACAGGUCAUGAAUUUUAAAGGGGAGAUCAUUGUGGUCUAUGUCAGCCAGAACUCCCAAGAGGGAUCCAUGUCUCCUGGAUCCAGCGAUGACAGUCUGGGAAGCCCUGUGCAAGAAGAAAACCCGAACCGUUGUGAGACAUUUGCAGGCAAUGUGCACCAGUAUAAGGAAAAAUGUGCUGAAAUGAAUUCGCCUCACAGCAUGAGCAGCUGCGAACCAGCAAGCACUGUGGGAGGGUUCAAGAGGACUUCAGGGCCUAUUGUUCAGGAAGAGAACCUUAAGGGCCAGGACAAUAAACACCUCUAUAAUGAGGCUUCAUGGCCUGUACAAGAGGAAGGAAAGUCGGGGUAGUUUCUAAAGCAAAUGCUGAACUGA